GUGGUGGUGGGAGGACGGCGACACAGCCUCACGACCUCACAGCAUCAAGUGUAAACACAUUUCACGAAGCCCACAGCAUUACUGGAACAUUCACUCGGUGCUUUAUCUAGGCCUCGAGGCUACUAAACGAAGAUUAAUCCUUAUCAGACAUUAAAUUUAUACCUAGAGUUGUCGUGUUGGUGAUGAGACUCAGAAAAUCUUGAGACAGGCAGAUGUGAAUUUGUACAAGAGUGACCCAUAUUGACACACACACACACACACACACACACACCUUACGCAGAUUUGGACUCCCUGGACGAGACUGAACUAACCCUGGAGCAGAGGAUGGAGGAGGAGAACAAAGCCUCCCCGGCCUCCUCCUACCACAGCGAGGAGACCAACACAGGCCUGGAGACCUCACUGAGUGACGACGAGUUCCUCAACCUAUCGCCGAAGGGACAGAAAUGCCUACAGGAGUUUCUGAACAGUUUGCCGCUCGAGGGAGUGUACUGUAACGCUACCUGGGACUCGCUCUAUUGCUGGCCGGCGACGAAGGCUGGGACAACAGUGAACGAGUCCUGCACUACGGUCUUCAGUGAUGUACCAGACUUCCGGGACCCUGAUGCGUUGGCGUUCCGUGAGUGUGACAGGUCCGGCUCCUGGCUCUGGGGUGACUGGACAAAUUACUCCCAAUGUCUCAACGUUAUAGAACACCAGCAGGCGACGUCAUGGGUAGUGGAUUCAGUACGGUACAUCAUCUUCCUGGGCGCCCUGCUCUCUCUCGUCACUCUCACCAUCACCAUCUUCAUCUUCACAUACUACAGGACUCUGGAGUGUGACCGGCUGCGUGUUCACAGGAACUUGGUGGUGUCCCUCAUCAUUCAUUUCCUGGUGAUGGUCGUCCUGAGUGAGCCCUUCAUCUCUCAUCGUCAGACACGUACCUACCGUGACGUGGACUGGUUGUGCAAGACACUACUGGCCCUCAGGAUGUACGCUCAGAUGGCUUCUAUCAACUGGAUGUUCGUGGAGGGGCUGUUCCUUCACUCGAGGCUCACCUGCAACGUCUUCGACUCUGGGGCUCCCUUCACUCUCUAUUACAUUAUUGGCUGGGGGGCGCCGUUGGUGUUCAUCCUGGCCUGGGCUACCACCAUGUCCCUGCGCUAUCCCGUCCACUGUUGGCAGGGCUACGGCGGUCUACUGUAUGUGUGGAUACUAGUAGCACCCAUGGUCACUGCUCUGAUGAUCAACUUGGUGUUUCUGGUGAACAUUAUUAGGAUCUUGGUGACCAAACUCCGUGCUAGUGACGCAGUUGAGACCACACAAGUAAGGAAAGCGAUUAGGGCGACUGCAGUGUUGUUCCCGCUCUUAGGCAUCACCAACCUCCUCUUCUCCGUCAACCCUGGCGGUAAGGGCGACCUGGAGGGCGCCUACAUGCUCACCAACGCCCUCCUCCAGUCCUCCCAGGGAGUCUUCGUGUCGGUGCUGUACUGUUUCAUGAGCAGUGACGUAAGAGAGCUGCUGCGGAAGCGAUGGCGGCAACAUCGUACGCGGCGCUUCGGCUACGCGGCAGCCAACCAUCGCCACAAGAGUACCCGCAGCACCUUCGUCCUGGAGAACUCAGUAUCCGUGAGGACCACCCCACGCCUCCCCGACACCCACGACCAUCCUGUCACCCAUACCCUCAGUAACCACGCCAUCCAGACCUCCGUGGUGUGACGUAGUUGAUAUCAGUAUACUGUACAGUCAGGAAUUUGUAUGUAGACUCAUUUGUUUCUGGUUGAACAUAGUCAGCCACAUACCCGUCUUUCCUGACCUGAAUGAUAGAUCUUAGCAGCACGCGAGGGACUCUGAACGCAGCCACUGACCAACUCUGAGUCACAUUUGCUUAUUCUAAAAAACCCGCCACUACACCUUAGCGAACACUGGUGACGGGCAGCAGGAGUUUAGAAAUCUUCAUGUUGGUAUCUUAAGUGAUCACACGACCGUCUUCUAACACAAUCUUGAUGGGUAAUAGUUUAGAACUUUCGUCUUCGUGAUAAGAACCCCAUAAACUACAGACAGGAGACAUCUGUGGUUUGUCAAGGUUCUUUUAGCUAUAAGAGGUGGUGCUACUGUUAGCUGUAAAUAAUGUAAAUCACAUCACUGGUACUUGCGCUCUCUUUACCGCCCAUCAACACUGUGUUUCAGGCGACUAUCACUAAUCGCGUUAACAUAAAGCAGCAGUCUAAUAUGUUCUAACUGUCUUUAUAUAUUUUAUGAUAUUUAAUUUUUAAUGUUCAAAGCUAAAAAAAAUUCAAGUAACACUAAGAAUAAAAAUACUCAUUACAGCU